AUGUCCUGUACAGGAUCAUCCGUAUCAUACUCGAUGACGCUGUACAAUCAGUUCGGGUCCCUAAGCGAAACAAGCAACUUUCGCUUUGUAAAUGCGAAGCUGUACAAAUAUGAAAUGUGCGGUGUGCGCUUUCUGAACGGCUUCGUCUUCGUCUUCAUCCUCUCUUAUGAUCGUCGAGCCAACCUGGUCCCUGCCCAGCAUAAGCCAAAGAGCUCCUUUGACGAUGGGUUGGAAAUUGCUGUAUAUCGCGUUCAGCAGAUGCCCGACUACUUCAACUAUAGUCACUUGGGUAGGGGCUUCCUCGACCUCGUCGACGUAGUCCUCGAAGGCUCAUUUGACUUCAUGACGGUCCACAUAAAGGAGCUAGAGCUGCACGUCGUCAAGAAAAAGUCGUCGUUUCCCCCGCAGGAUGUCAUAAGCCCGGCUAAGAAAUUAUUAGUCGUCGGCUUUACAGCUGCUUCGUUCUUUAUUAUCAAAUUUGCGCCGUCAAGCACCCAGAGUGGUGUACAGAUCUGGCGCGAUGGUUACGCCGUCAGCAAUGCGGAAUAUCUGGGAUCUCGGUUCAGCUGCAGGUCGGCUUUGGAAAAUGAUGCAUGGUCGAGCGCUCAGAAAUGCCGCAUACUGUCCCACCAGGAGUGUCUAUCUACAGCGCCUCUGUUGGGCGUGUACACCCACUCGGCGCACGCAGCGGCUCACUCGUUCUACACGUCGGCAAAGGUCGCACCCCAUGAUGCAACCCGCAAGACUGCUCGGCGAAUCCGGGAAGCCUCUCGAGAGGGAUAUGACUGA